UAAUAACAAUAAUAAUCGCACACAACUUGUCUUAUAAGGGAUUUGGGUUUUUUGGCAACAUAUUUCAGCUUUCUAAGAACAACAUUGGCAGCAUUGUUGCUAUUGUUCAAGCAUUUGGCAACCCUUUUGCUAGUUUUGGCAGCUGACUUCACUACUUCACUAUUUCCCUUUGGUCACGUUUGUUGGUUAUUGGUGCGGGUCCAGAGAUUUUAGUUGGAAAAUUUGCUAAUUACAAAAUGUUUCCUUAACCGGAUUACUGACUCCUUCUUUCUUAAGCAUAUUUUCAUAAUUUUAAAGCUGCUGUCGUAAUUAGUUAGGGAUUCUGGAAUGGAAAGUUCUCCCAGGUCUCCAGAUUCAUCUUGCCCUGAUUAUUCUUUUGAUGCUAGCUUAGGGCUUGCAAACAGGGAUCAAAACUCUAGCAGUUUAAAUAUUCUCAUCAAUUCAACUACGGGUAACAGUGUGUCUAGUAGAUUUAGAAUUCAGCUUCAGACUCAUCCAAGGAGAAAUAGAAAUGUUCAAAUUUCUGAUAGUUCGUCAAGAAGUCAAAGUUAUCAAAAUAAUGGGAAAAGUGUUAUAAACUUUGCUGUAGGAAGUCAGAAAAGUGGAUCAACUUCCAACACAGAUAACUUAAUUGAUUCAUUAUCUUCUGCACACUAUCAAAAUUCUUCUUUGUCUUCAGGCAGUGGCGCUGAUAAUUUUUAUGAAACUUCUAUUGAACUUCAUAGUCAUAACCCUCCUCCAUAUUCAAAACCUGGGAUGCCUUAUUUUGCUUCAACUUCCAGUAUACCUGCAGCUUCUAAGUCAAAUUCAGAAUUGGCUCCUCUUCCUAAAAUAGAACAUUCACAUGCAUCAGCUUCUGUUUCAAGUAGUUCAAGCUAUUCCUCUGUUCAACCAGCAAAUUCCAACUAUGUAAAUGGUGUCAGAAAGCAAAUAACUUGUCGUAUUAUACCUGAGACAACUAGCAUACCAAAGAGGUUGCCUCAAGUAAAUCCUGAACUCAGUGAUACCUUCUGGUCAGCAAACAACGUUCCUCAGCGACAUGUAUCCUCAUAUCAUUUGAAUCUUCAAGAACCAGAAACAAGUGCCAAAUCUCCAUAUGUUGAAAAAGGUUUCAAGCGCAAAUCAUCUCCAAUUUUGAACAAUUCAGAUUAUUUGUCAGCUCCUUCAUCAAGCUCAAAUUGUGUAGAAAAAGAACAAAGUAUAAGUAGCCAGAGUAAGAAAAUCAAAGCGUCUGCUAGCCCAUCCUAUGUAGAACUUUCUGAUGAUGAUGUACAGAUAAUAAUGCCAGAGACAAGUCAUUCAUCUGCUUCUGGUAGUUCAUUAUCAACUGGAAGCUAUCAUAAGCCUUCUGUAAUUUUAGAUGGUAGUUUAAUUUUAGAUGGUAGUUUAAGCUCUUCAAUGCAAACUAUCUCUGAACCUGGUCGACAGUUGGAUAAUCAAAGCUCUCACCAAACUACUCAAGACAGUUCUUCAACAAUUCAUAAUCCUCUUUCUGCUGAAGAAUUUGCACAGAUGUUGGAUAGUGUGUGGCCUGAUCUGGAUGAAAUUGCUUCUACUAAUUUAACUGCUAAUGAUACUUCAGAAAGCGAUGAAUCGUCUUCAUCCUCAAUCAUUUCAAUUCAUGAGGUACUAAAAAAUACUCCUUCUUUUGAGAAGAGCAAACCAUCUUCACCUAUAUUGGAGGAAGUUUCCAAUGAUAUUCCUCCGCUUAUCACUCUUGAUAGCAGUCCAAAAGAUAGUGAAUUGGAGAAGUUAAAAGCCAAACAAGAAGUUGAAAAUGUUAAAGAAGAUUUUAAAAAACUCAUAGAAGAUGAGUUAAUCUGUAAUAUUUGCACAGAGGUUUUGAUAAAGCCAAUAACCUUGGGAUGCUCUCACACAUUCUGUAAAUUUUGUAUUUCUGAAUGGAAAGAAAAGAAAAGGCAGUGUCCAAUGUGUCGAGCAAGUAUUAAAACUGAAACACCUUGUCUAUUUUUGGACAAUUUUAUAAGCAAAGCUGUGGAGCAAUUAGAUCCAGCUAGUGUUGAAAAAAGAUUAGAAAUAAUAAAAUGUCGAGAGGAAGAACAAAAAAAGAAAAUACAUAAGCCACCUGUACAGCCACACCAACCUUCAAACGUGCCUCAAUUUACACCUCUAAAUUUGUACCCUUUUCCAACCUACAGUUCUGCCCAGCUACGUCCAAAUACAAUUUCUGAAUUGUCAAUACUGAACAGAAAUUCAGCCAUAAUGCGAAGACAUUUAAUGGCGGACCAACUUUCAAGCAUGCAUCAACGGCAUUCAAACUUACCUCAUCUUUCUUCAAAUAUACCUCAUCAAGCUUCAAACAUGCCUCAUCAAGCUUCAAACGUACCUAGCUUUAUUCGGCUAGCACAAAACCUAGUUGACAUACCUUCAAGUGCUUCUCAAAGAUCAAGCAUACCUCUGCAAACUUCAAGCAUACCUCAGCGAUCUUCCAACAUAACUCCACAAUAUACAAACCUACUUCAUCAACCAAACCCUUUUAAUGGGCCAACGAAUGGAUUUUUCUACUAGAAAUGAAUAACUUUUUUAACUCUUAUUAUACUUUUAAAAGACGUUAUAUGCUUUUUUUUAAUUGUCAAUGAUUUAUUUUUUUAAUGUUAUCUAAGAUGUUAAUAGUUACAGUUGUGUGGAUAACCAAGAUCUUACUGAGUAUUCUUCAUAAACUUAUUUUUUAGAAUGUGAAUUUACUUAUGAAACUUUUUUAUAAUAAACAGAUAAAAGUUGUGUUUAA